AUGAAUAACGAAGAGAAAAACAUCCAUGACUUUGCUACCGAUGGCAAGGUCGACAACGAUGACAAGGGCAUGCGUGAACAGGCCAUACACCUGGAGCAUGCCGGCGAUGCUACCUUCGAGCAGUGGGAUCAGCUUCGACAAGACGCGAUGGCUGCCGAAGAGCUCGAACAAUCGAUGGGUAUUAAGGAGGCCUUGAGAGUCUAUCCACAAGCCGCUUUCUGGUCCUUCGCUAUUUCCCUUUGCAUCAUCAUGGAGGGAUACGAUAUUGGCUGUAAGUUCUUUAGUCUUGUUAUUGUGCUGACUAUACCAGUGCUUGGAAGCAUUAUCGGACUUCCGACUUAUCGUGAGAAAUAUGGACAUUUUUCCGAGACUGCCGGCAGCUACCAAUUAUCCCCUACUUGGCAAACUGCCAUCGGUCAAGCCUCAACUAUCGGAUGCUUCAUUGGUAUAUUCGCCUGUUCUUGGGCUCAAGAUCGUUAUGGUUAUCGCCGAACAAUCCAGGUCGCCCUUGUCGCCCUUACUGGCUUCAUCUUCAUCGUUUUCUUUGCGCCCAAUGUCCAAGUAUUAUUUGUCGGACAGAUGCUCUGCGGUUUGCCGUGGGGAGCUUUCGCCAGUUCGGCCGUAUCAUAUGCCAGUGACGUGACUCCGAUUCCCCUACGAGGCUACCUCACAACGACUGAUAAAUGGGGGUACAGAAUCCCGUUCGCGAUUCAAUGGUUCUGGCCACUUCCCCUCUUCAUUCUCAUCACCUUAGCCCCAGAGAGUCCAUGGUUCCUUGUUCGUAAAGGAAGAUUGGAAGAGGCGAAACAGGCCGUCGCAAGACUUUCCAAGAAAGGCGACGUUACCGAUCCUAGCCAGACAGUAGCCAUGAUGAUUCGUACCAAUCAACUUGAGCUCGGAAACCGACCCAAUUGUAGCUACCUCGAUUGUUUUAAGGGUAGCGAUCUUCGUCGAACGGAGAUUGCCUGUGUGGGAUGGGCUGCGCAGAUUCUCUCCGGCAGUAGUUUCGCGAACACGCCUACUUACUUCUUCCAGCAAGCUGGACUCAGUACAGCAAACUCUUUCAAGCUGGGUCUUGGGACUACUGCAUUGGCCUUUGUCGGUACUUGCUGUUCUUGGAUCACUCUUACGUAUUGCGGGCGUCGAACCAUCUAUUUGUCGGGUCUAGUGGUUCUCACCGUACUUCUUUUCGUCGUGGGUGGGAUCUCCUUCCCAGCAGAGACAAACAGCAAUGCGGCUUGGGGACAAGCUGCGGCCAUCUUGAUCUGGGUGCUGGUAUACGACUUCAGCGUCGGCCCCAUCGCCUACUGCGUUGUGGGCGAAGUCUCCUCAACCCGUCUGAGGUCAAAGACCGUCGGUCUGGCUAGGAACCUGUAUAACAUUCUGAGCGUCGUCUCUGGAAUUCUCAACACUUAUCAAAUGAACCCUGACGCUUGGAAUUGGAAGGGCAAAGCUGGUUUCUUCUGGGGAGCGUCCGCUGCACUCAUCACCAUUUGGGCCUACUUCCGACUACCUGAAUGUAAGGGCAGGUCCUAUCGUGAGCUUGACAUCUUGUUCGAGCGAGGAAUCUCCGCUAGGCGAUUCAAGGAAACAGUCAUUGAUAAAGAGGCUGAGGAGUAA